UUCAAAAAGGAUUCAUUAGACCUUAGUUGAUAUUAAGUACAAGGUACAGAGAAAAGGAAAUACAGUAUAUUUUAAAAUUCAAAUUAUUGUAUUAGAACAGUCUAUAGGUGGUGACCUUCCCGUAAUUCGGAGCUUUCUGGAUAACAUAUUUCUGGAUAACGGAUCCCAUAACUUACAGCCGCAACAAUGGAAUUCACAAAAGCUAUGAAAUUUGAUAUAAACUAGUAAUUAAAUUAACACAAUCUUGCCAUAUGUGUAUGUUAACUAUUUAAGUGCCAGAUGUUUGUUCCUUUAAAUCAAAGAAUGAGAUUAACCCCCUUGUGUGUUUUCUUGCAGGCUAGAGAGGUAUAUGUUCUGGAGAUCGAAGAUGUCCUUUGCCAUAUGGAGCAUUUGAAAUGGUUGGAGGUGGGGCUUGCCCCCAGCAAGAGUCAGCCCAGAUUAUCUAUCCUGUGCCUGCUCCACUUGCACCCCCAUCACGAUACCGUCUUUUUAAGGGAAGUGAGCGCCAACUCGUAGAGAGAUCUGUGGUCACUUUGCAGGCCAGUGGUUUCUAUUGGGGACCCUUACCUACAAAAGAAGCUCAUGCUAUGUUAGAAAGAGAGCAAAUUGGUACAUUUUUAGUUCGGGACAGCUCACAGGGCAACCAUCUUUUUAGCGUCAGCAUCAAAAUGGAGUCUGGUCCAGUCAGUGUUCGGGUCCUCUUUUUAAAGGGCUUUUUCUGGCUAAGGGAGCUCUUUUCAGACUGCCCAGUUAAGCUUCUGGAGCUAGCUGUGGAGAAAUGCCAACAUACACCUCUUAGAUGUCAAAAUGGCAUCCAGUUAACUCUGUCUCGGCCUCUGCGCAGGACUCGAAUUCUUAGCUUGCAACAGAUAUGCCGCCGGUGCAUAAUUACUCACCAUGGAAGAGAGGGACUGGCCGAACUACCCAUUCAGCCGGCUCUGCGACGAUUUAUUGAGGAUUUCCCCUUUAAGAUCUGAUAUUAAAUCGGUGAAAGCGGAAACAAAAUAAAUCUCCAAGUGCCUUUUAUUAUUUAAUUGGUGUCACAGCAAUGCAUCAACAUGAGACUGCAUUGGACUGUAUAUCUACAGAAACCAUCACCAUAACACCUCUGUGGAAAGCAAAAGCGCAGUAAAAUGUUGUUGCCAAAAAGAAUAUAUUUUUGUAACAAAUAAGCUUGCAUGUAGGGAGUUGGCUUGUGAACUGAUAUAUAAUGUAACUCGCUGGCAAUAGGAAUGUAAGCGUUGUGGGGCUCAUUCAGCGUCAUGGCACACCUACACUAUUCUAUUCCUUCCUUAAUUCAUCAUCAGUAUUGGGAGAAUCUUAAAGGAGAACUAAACCCCCCACAGUGAUAAGUCCCCACUGGCCUGCCUCCCCCCAGAAUUGUGUCCCCUGUAGGAUUACUGACCGUACAUGCAGAGUGAGCACAGCGGAGCUCACGGACUCCAUCUUCGGCAAUCCUCGUAAAGUGAACGCCGUAUUGGCGCAUGCGCUGUUGAAGCAAUCUUCUGGUUUGCAAAAAACGAUGCAUGUGCCGGAAAUUGCCGAAGCGCCAGAAGAAGACCCAGGGAUUACUUUAAGUCCCGGAAGAUGGAGCCGUGCUCACUCUGUAUGUAUGUAUGUAUGUAUGUAUGUAUGGUCAGUAAUCCUACAGGGGACACAAUUCUGGGGUAACGCUUAGCAGGGAGGGGGGCCAGCCAAGGGGGGUCAGAGGGGACUUAUCACCAUGGAGGUUGAAUUAUCCUUUAAAGAACUGUUAAGCUAUUUCAUUCAGAGGGGAAGUUUGCCUUUAUGGGGUUUUUUUGUAUGGACCUGUUUUUAUCAGUUGGACUUAAUUAUUUAUUUUGUAUGGUUUUGAUUUAUUAGCGUUGUUCUCUCUUUUUCCAGACUGCAGUUGCUAUCUCAUUAUUAGGGUCACUGACCCUGACAACCAAAAGAAAACAUACUUACUGGCUUCAUUUAUAUCCUAAUUUUUAUUGCUUCUUUCUGCUCACUUGUUGCAGUAGAAAUGAACCCUCUUGCAGCCAGGGAAAGAUUUAGAUACAAGAGUAAAUAAUUCAAAAACUAUAAAGAAUAAAAAAAUAAGUCCAACUGAAAAUUGUGAACUACCUCCUCACAGUCAAAAGAUUUAGAUAAAAGAGUAGAUAAAAGACUCUAAAAUGGUUAGAGAAUACCAACUUUGUGUCAUUGUUCUGUGCACAGUAACCCAGUGCAGUGCUGCUCAGUUCCAUAUAAUAUAGAGAUUCCAGAUACUCCAAAAUGUGCCCAUGAAAAAAUAAAUUACCUAAGUGUUCAGCUGAACUGAAUCUGAACCCUUAUAGUGGUUGUUCACAUUUGCGUUAACCUUAAGAACAAUUUAGAGAGUGAUAUUCCGAGACAAUUUCAGUUUUUCAAUUUUGUUAUUUGUGGUAUUUGAGUUAUUUAUCUUUUUUUCAGCAUCUCUCCAGUUUGCAGUUCAGCAAUCUGGUUACUAGGGUCCAA